CGCCAUCCCUCCCUCCCUCCACAUCUCGCCAUCCCUCCCUCCCUCCCUCCCUCCCUCCCUCCGCACCUCGCCAUCUCGCCAUCCCUCCCUCCCUCAGUUGUUUAUUGGAAGCGGAGUAGGUGGUUGCAGCAGCAUGGCAAGUGGGAGCAAGGCAGGGUGUGCGGAUGGUGGAGAAGGAAGCCAGAGGCAGUCGGAAAGAGGAGGGGGUAGAGGGAAAGACAUUGCAAGCUCGAGCGCAACUUCGCUGGGGGUGGUUGACAAAGUCCCGACGCCGGCUACGGACCCAUCCUUGUUCGUCCCGCAGCCGGAGGCAAAGCAAACAAAGCUGCAGGGCGAGAAGGAGGUGUGGAAGCAUGUGGAGCAAGGUCAGGAGGCUGCGCCGAAAGGGGCGGGGAGAGUAUUGGCUGCAGUCUUCACAACAUUUCGGCGGGGGGGGGCUGCUGUCAACGAAGACGACGACAGUGCAGUUGUACCCCGCGGUUAUGAGGAGCCACAACCGCCGGUUGCUGCUGGGAGGGAGCCAGUGGAGGAGCCGGUGCAGCGGGGAAAAGAAACUGCAGCGGCACAGGCGGCGGGAGAAGAUGGUGCUUCCACCACAAGGAUGGUUUCAAUGCAGCAAACGGCCAUCAAGAGAUGGGUUGACAAUGCGGGGCAGAAGAAGUUGGACGUCGCGUGGGCGGAGGCAAUGUUCAGAGACGGAAUUGCAUUCCAAUUCCUGGAGUUCGACACCACGCAGCAGCUGCACAACGUGUAUCUCGAGGUGACGAACGCCAGACCACAGGUGAAGUUGCCGUCUUCGAAGCACAUUCGGACUGUCAUGCUGGAGUUCAUUUUCAUGCGCAUUCAAAAGCAAGUGGAGCCUUUGACAAAAUGUUGGGAUGUCACCGGCUGCACUUUCAUCACGGACGGGUCUAACGAUCGGAGGGAGCGGCCUGUCAUGAACUUCUUAGCUUCGGGCGAGCAGGGAGCUGUUCUAGUGGCAGCGGUGUACAUGGACGGCAAGAAGAAGACGGGCGCAGCGUUGGCGAAACUGUGGGAGAAAAUAAUGAGGGAGAUCGGGCUGCAACGCAUCAACGCGAUUUGCACUGACAACGCGGAGGGAUGCUUGGUGGAAGGAGCUAACCAAGGUGGUGGAGAUGAUGGAGCCGUUGUAUCUCCUACUGCGGAGGAUGGACAAGGACGGGACUGCACCGUCAAACCUUGUGGAGUACGACCGACUCAUGGAGAGGAUGCUGGCGGAGGUUGUGCUGACACCGAAGCAAUGAAGUUUUGUGCUAGAGAAGAUGGUGGCGAUGUGCCGAAGUUGCAGGCCAUUUCUAUCAAAGUGAUGGGCAUGUGGAGCACUGCGACUCCGGCGGAGCAUAAUUGGUCCUCGAUGGACUUGAUGCACUCCAAGCGACGGAAUCAGCUGAAGCCCGCGACCGUGGAGAAGCUUGUCUACAUAAAUUGGAAUAUGAAUCUGUUGAGGGCGAGCAAGAACUUGAAGGACCAUCACUACGUCGAUUUGUGGGCGGAGUUCUUCGAGUCUCUUCCGGAUGCGGAGGCGGGCGAUGAUCCUCUUUUGGAGAUGCCUGAGGAGGAGACGGAGAAAACGAAGGAGGAACAGGCGAAGGAACGGGCCUUGACCAAGUUACCAAAGGGCUGGAUUCCGAAGAACCUUGAAGAAGAUGAAGAGGAGCUCACGGACGACAGCGACUUGGAGGACGAGAUAUGGAAGGGAAAGGCUCCAUGGUCUGAAACGUCUAGCGAAGGGGAGGCCGAAGACGGGUCCGACGAUGACUUUGAGCUGGGAGCAGUGCCCUCAAUCCCGGGCACCACAUAUGUUGGGAGGAGGCGAACAACGGGGUGCCAUCGAGAAUGCCCGCCCACAACGCCAUGUCAAGGGACGGCUAACACAAGUGCACACUACGACAUCCAAUCUGAUGUUGAGCUACCGCAGACGGACACCGACAUUAACAUGGUGCUUCGCCCCGGUCCAAUUGACGCGGAUGAGGCGGAGGCCGAUCGUGCGAAGGCAAUGGCUGAUGCGGAUCGCGAACGGGUGCAAAGGAGAAUGAGAGAGGAGGAGCGGCGAGCAGCUGUACCAACCCGUAGAGAAAUGGAGACACAAAAGAACAAGGUUGGAGAGCAUGAACCAAAGCUUGUGCGGGAGAUGGGGCAGCAGGAGGAGGAGGAAGAGGAGGAGAUGGGCCAGCAAGACGAGGAGGAAGGACACGAGAUGGCCCACCAUGUGCAGGAAGAAGAAGAGAUGGAGGAGGAAGAAGAAGAGGCUUGCAUGGAGCAGCGAGAGGAGGAGAUGGAACAAGACGAAGGGAAGUGCACGGACCAGCAAGACGAGGGGUUGGAGGACCAACAUGCGGAACGGGUGGGGGAGAGCGAGGAGGAGCAGCAGCACGACGAGAUGGCGAACAGCAAGGAGGAGGCGCAACAGCAACAACAUGCACCGACGACCGUGUACAAGCGUCGGAAGAAAACAGCGCAGCCUGCCGGGUCACCGGAGAAUUCCCCCGAAUUCCCAAACAACAUAGAGGGAAGCCAGCACGACAACCUGUGGGUCAGCAGGGUUGGGAGGAAGAGGAAGACGGCCCCUGUCGACGAUGUGCCGAGGCUGAAACUUCCACUUGGCAGGCCUCGGAAGAACAAGACUGCCAGGGAGAUUGUCACCAAGCUCGUGGCUAAUGGGGUGAACGUGGUGCAGGGUGACAAGAACACGCACUACCUGCUCAAAAAUAACAGGCAGCAGUAUGGAAUUGUGGAAAGGGGGGAAGUUGAGAUGAAGACAGAGGAGGUUGACGAAGAAGUUCCCGGAUACAAGGAGCCACAACCACCGGCCACUGCGGGAAGGGCUGCUGGAAACAUUAAUGUGGGGACGGAGAGGGUUGAUACUGUGGUGGCCAGGGUGGGAGAAGGUUCAGGGUCAAACACAUGAGUGUCAACAUUGCAGCAGGUCGACGAUAAAGAGGUGGAGGUGGA